AUGUCUGACUUGGACGUGAUACUGCGAGAAAUAAAAGGUUUUCGCCGAGAAAACAAAGGAAAGCAAGAGGCCAUUAAAGAGGAGAUUGUUAAGAUAAAUGCCAGGAAGGACGAAGUAGAAGGUGACGGCCUGGACAACAGCGUGGCUUCGCCGAGCACGGGCGACGACGACGACCCGGACAAAGAGAAGAAACACAACAAGAAGAGAGGGAUUUUUCCCAAGGUGGCCACCAACAUCAUGAGAGCGUGGCUCUUCCAACACCUAACGCAUCCCUACCCCUCAGAAGAACAGAAGAAACAGCUGGCGCAGGACACAGGACUCACCAUCCUACAAGUGAACAACUGGUUCAUUAAUGCGCGGAGGAGAAUAGUGCAGCCCAUGAUCGACCAGUCAAACCGUGCAGUAAGUCAAGGAGCUCCUUACAAUCCAGAUGGCCAGCCAAUGGGUGGCUUCGUCAUGGACGGCCAGCAGCACAUGGGAAUCAGACCACCUGGGCCGAUGGGUGGAAUGGGCAUGAACAUGGGCAUGGAAGGUCAGUGGCACUACAUGUAGCCCUACCCGAGUCUGACCAAUCACAACGCAAUGGGGGAUAGCUGGAGGGGAAUCGUGUGUCUCCCAGAGGCCCGUGGAGCUAAGGAACGGCACACCUCGACUUCCCGAUGCCAGUAACCAACGAAAACAAGACUCCGGACUCAGUGACCGUUUCGUCUGGCCGACACCCGUCACCUGGACGUCUUCCAUGGCUGCCUCUGAUCUCUUUCCACCAGAAUCGAACUGAGCUGCGUUGAUCAAAAUUCGGCCAAGUGCAGGAAGACCUGACUCCUGACAGAAUACCGCUUCUUCUUCUUCUUGUUCUCUGGUUGGCACAAGACUUCAGUCCCUUUGCUGCUGCCCAGUCGCCCCACGCGGAUUCCUCCAUCAAAGUGAUUGUGAUUGACUCUUUUCGGGCGAUUUACCUGUACCUCCGGCAAAUGUGGUACCCGGUUGAUCUAUUCUCGACUCUUGAGGGCAAAUGUUAAAAGACUUCUUUUCAUGAGGAGUGCUCUACUCUUUGGGACGGAGGAUGUGGACCAAAGAGAAGCCAAUGUCUGUAAAGGACAGGAGGAGGUGCCCUUUAAAAAAAAAAGAAUACAGUGGAUUAAGACCUGGAUGGAGAGAUGGCAAAAGUGAUGAAAUUAAAAAGUAUAAAACUAUAUCAAGCCCUAGUUUGGGAAAUGAGUUGAGAAAGAAAAUAUACUGUAUACUGUUGUAAAAUUACGCUGGACUCUCACAAGAACUGGGAAACUAAGUAUUGUAAAUGCUAUUGUAUUGUUCUGCAUAUUAUGUUGUUUCUAAUAGAUUUUUUAAAAAAGGAUGUGAACUUUUUUCUCUUUUUUCUGGUUUGUUUGCGGAUUCUCUUAUCUGUGGGUGUGCAUGUGUGAGCGUGCGUGUGUGUGUGUGUGUGUGUGUGUGUGUGUGUGUGUGGGUAGGCACUGUCCCAACCUCCAGUUUCAUUGAACCACGUUGCAUUUUUGUUUGUUUUGGAAAACGAAGUAAAAUCCGAUGUCCGCACUUUCUCACAGCCUUUGUGGAAUAUCGGAAAGGUCGGCGAUCCAGGUGUUGGUUUUGUUCGAUUUUUAUUUAUUUUUAUUUUUUUUUUUACCACUCCUCACAGUUUCCUCACGGACAUACAAGAUGCAGAUGUUUCUGACAAUUUGGCUGGACUUUUUUUUUCAACCAGACGGGCAAAGUUUUCCCCCCGCCAUCCCGUUUUCUACUGCUUUCACUUUAUACGUAUAGGAUGAAGAGAUCCUCUUAGUGUCGUCAUGGUGAUGCACUCUUUAGAAAUUUUUCACAGUUGAUGGGGAAGUUGCAAGUAUGACCCAGAAGACAUGUUUUUUUUUUUGUUUUUUUCUCCAUCUCUAUCCGAUUGAACAUCUUUUCCAGGGUCUUAUCGGUGCGUUUAACGUCACAUGGCGGUGCACUCGCGUUCACACGGCCAAUGGAUUUUCUCCCUCUCAUAAUUCGAUGCAGAUGCUUUGGGAAAACAACAUUUAUGCCACGGUUCACUCUUGUUUUUUUUUCUUUUAUUUUUGACUAGGUUGGUAUUAUGCUGAUCAACAGACAGGAGAGAAUGUAAAAGUAACACUCUAAAAACUGCUGGGUUAAAAACAGCCCAGUCUAGGUUAUUUUGCCAACCCUUUUCUGGGUCCAAAAUUAAUCCGUUCUAAUGCACACAUCUUCUUGUUUUCAAUAAAAAUGUCUCAGUGGUGAAAAAGUAACUGUACGUCCAUUCCAACAUUUUUGGCUAGCUGAUUUUUUUUCUACUGGGUGUUUUAUGCUGAAGGUAAAAAUUAUUGUACGUAAAAGUCAGAAGCAUCAAAAUAUCACCUGCUAUAUAUGAGACUAUAACAUAAUUAGACUUAACAGUGCCUCUAAGAUCUUUAUCUUUAUAUAUAAACCAUUAUUUAGGUUUAAAAUGGACAAGUGUAUUACACUAAAGCUACAGAAGAAGGAAUGAAUAGAGUGACCAAUUACCAGGAAUAAUAAAGACUUAAUAUUUAAGCUAAAAUGUACUAUUUUCAGUUCACUACUGCAGUAAAAAAAUAAAUGUCAAAAAAUGUAUAUUUAGAAGUUUUAUUGACAAAACUUGAAUUUAGAUGAGAAAAGUUACACUUAGUAUACUUUACAACCAAUUGUUUAGCUAGCUAGACUUGCACUAGCUAGCACUAGCUACCUAGCAUGUGAAAGGCCAAUGUUGUUUUAAGUAAAAAAAAAAACAACUGGUUUUCUAGUGUGAACUAAAGUUCAUAACACAAUUACUGUUCUUAUUCAGCAACAUUUUAACCAUCUAAUGUCUUUUUUCAUCCUGUUUGAAGAGGAUUGUUGAAGUCCGAUCAAGCUGAUGUAUUCAAAAUGGCGACUGUUGAAGAAUGAUGAGGCUCCUUUUAGUCUCUUAACUCAUCAAACUGGGUCCUGAGUUUUGAUUAAAUCUGCAGCUAUAACUACCAAACAUCUGUCUCAAUAGCAUAGGGCUAAAAUAAAAGCCCAGCAGUUUUUAUGUGUGCUGCAUGUGUGGAACAGUAUUGAUCUGACUGGGAACAUGUGUGUGUUGUAGAGAGAGAGAGAGAGAGAGAGUGUGUGUGUGAGAGUGUGAGUGUGUGUUAUCAAUGCUUCCACUAUCCAUUGCUUCAGACAUGUAUGACGCACAUCUUUUAAAAUUUCUUUGAAGACAAAGUCAUGAGUCGUAUGCUUUUACUUUGAAGGGUAUAUGUGUACAUGUGUGUUGUAAAUAAAUACUUUUCUUCAAAUAACACAACUU